CUUGAUUGUGUUGUAGAUUGAAUGAUUAAAAGAAUUGAAAAAGAAGAAAGACAGGAAAUAUGAAUGACGCAGAUGUAUCGAAGCAGAUACAGCAGAUGGUGCGGUUCAUCCGCCAGGAAGCCCAAGAGAAAGCCAACGAGAUUACCCUUUCUGCCGAAGAGGAAUGCAAUAUUGAGAAAUUGCAAAUAGUUGAGGCUGAGAAGAAGAAAAUCAGACAAGAAUACGAGCGCAAGAGCAAGCAGGUGGAAGUUCGCAAGAAGAUUGAGUACUCAAUGCAGUUGAACGCAUCGCGCAUCAAGGUGCUUCAGGCCCAAGACGACGUCGUCAACAAUAUGAAAGAUGCUACGAGGAAAGAGCUCCAACAAGUUGCCACUAAAAAAGGUCCAUAUAAAGGCCUUCUCAAAGCCUUGAUUAUUCAGAGUUUAAUGCGGCUGAAGGAGGCGUCAGUGUUGUUGAGAUGUCGAGAGAUGGAUGCAAAUGUAGUGAGUUCAGUAUUAGAAGAAGCAAAGCGUGAAUAUGCGAAAAAAGCAGGAGUGCCAGUCCCAAGCGUUGUCGUUGACAAAGUGUAUUUGCCACCUCCUCCUACCGACGACAUACACUCCAUUGCUCCUUCUUGUUCCGGAGGGGUCGUUUUGGCUUCUCGAGAUGGGAAAAUUGUAUGUGAGAAUACCUUGGAUGCUCGAUUAGACCUUGUCUUCCGCCAGAAACUUCCUGAGAUACGCAAGCACCUCUGUGGAUAGAUAAAGCGCUACCAAAUUCAAGAUUAAUACUCAGAUGUGGAUUUUGAAUCAAAUGAUGAAAUGUUAAUGAUCAUAUGUGCUAAAUUUCUGGAUUCCAAAAAUAAUGGAGUGACACUCUCUUUAACGAUUGAAUUUGCUAGGUACUACGCCUACGAUGUACGUGUUUAUUCUUUAAUUUCAUCACUAGAGCUGUCUCUCAAAUUAUAUUGACAAUGGGAGAUCAUGGAGUUUCUUCAAAAUAUUAGUUAUAAUACAAAGUUGUUUAUUUUAA